GUUUCAGUUUAGGUUUUAGUUACCUGCGCGCAACAACCCCGUUGUCGCCUUGGCCGUUGUGCUUGCGUCCUCCGUUUCCAAAAAAUUAAAAAAAAAACCAUAAACUCAACCAAGUUGCAAACGCGCUGCUGCCAAAUGUCUAAAUGUAACGUUGGCCGCUUCUGCUGCGUGUUGUAAUUGGUUUUUUAAAUUGUGUAAAUACAUAAGCGAAAGCAGCCGUCGCAGCAACAACAGCGCAGCUCAUACCCGCGUAUUUCUUUUGUGAGGCGCUGCUCUCGGGAACGCGCGUCUUUCCUUUUUCUUUCUUGCUUUAUUCAUUCGCCUCUUGGUUGCUGCUACGGACUGCAUUUAAGUUUGCAGUUGUACUCGACGGCUUCUUUUUGACACGGUAGCAGGCGUGAAAUAAAAAGGCAUCACACUGGAGAAGCAAAAUAAACGCGCUCAGCUCAUACGCGACAAAAUGGUGUUGUCCGAGCGCAACACCGGCGACAUUGUGCGCAAUGGCCGCCGCUCACGUGGACCCAGCCCCAAUACGCACUCAAACGCUGGUGGCGGCGGCGCUGGCGGCGUCGGAGGCGCUGCCAAUGCUCAUAACGCCUCGGGCGGCAUCGGAGGCGGUGGCGGCGGCGGUGGUGGCGGAGUUGGUGUAGGUGGCCAUGUUGGUAACAAUGCCACAGCUAAUGACAAGGCAACAGCCGCACCGGGUGCGGGCACACCGGAAAGUUCAGACGAUGACAAUUCAACAAAGCGAAAUGGCAAAUCCAAAGCCAAGCAGUCGGAAUACGAGGAGAAAAUACGCGUGGGUCGCGAUUAUCAGGCGGUGUGUCCACAGCUGGUGGCUGAACCCGAUCGUCGUCCCGAGCUGAUGAAUGAACGCGCCUUGCUGGUGUGGUCGCCCACCAAAGAGAUACCGGAUAUGAAACUUGAGGAAUACAUUUCGGUGGCCAAGGAAAAGUACGGUUACAAUGGGGAGCAAGCGUUGGGCAUGUUAUUCUGGCAUAAGCAUGAUCUGGAGCGUGCCGUCAUGGAUUUGGCCAAUUUUACGCCGUUCCCCGACGAAUGGACCACCGAGGACAAAGUGCUCUUCGAGCAGGCAUUUCAGUUUCACGGCAAGAGUUUCCAUCGCAUACGUCAGAUGCUGCCGGAUAAAUCGAUAGCCAGCCUGGUCAAGUACUAUUAUUCGUGGAAAAAGACACGCCAUCGCAGCAGUGCCAUGGAUCGUCAGGAGAAGAUCAUCAAGGCGGCCGUCAAGGAGGGCUCCGAGAAUGGCAGCGAAGUGGGCAGCAAUGAGGAAUCUGAUAACGAUGACAAGAGGGCUAACAACAACAAUUCCACCAUGAACAACAACAACAACAGUAGCAACAACAGCAAUAGCAGUAGUCACAAUACUGGCAUAACAACAACGACACAAGGAAGCAAUGGGAAUGGCAAUGGCAACAACAACAACAGCAACAGCAAUUCAACAGCCGAUUCCAGCAAUGGCGGCGGCAGCAGCAGCAGUGGCGUUGGCAGCGUCGUCGGCGACGUUACUAACAACAACAACAACGAUCUGGACUCGGAUCAAUUGUGCGUCUAUACGAAUGCCCUGGGCGAAGAUAUGCUCGGUUUUGGUGUACCAGGCUUCGGUCUGUCCAUCGAUAAUGGCAACGAGAACGAUAUCGAUAACAACGGUAUCGGCAACCACAGUGGCAACGCUCGCCGCAAUGUUGUGGGUGGUUUCUGCAAAAAUUGCAAUGUUGUGUGCUACAUCUUGUUCGAUACGCCAUUGGGUCGCAUGUGCAAAAGUUGUCGAACACACUGGAGACGCACUGGCAAUCGCCGCCCCAUUUCUGGCCCGGAGUCCGGCACACCCACCAAACGUUCCACGCAUAACAGCGCCACGGCAGCGGCUGCCGAACGCUCGAGACGCAAGCCGCCUCGUGGCAUGUACAUCAAUCACGAUGAUCUCACAACACUCGCCGGUUGCCAAAAUCCAUGUGAAUAUUUAGCCGAAGGCGAUCGUAAAAUUGCCGCUUUGCUGGCCGAAGUAAGAAAUAUACAAAAGAAUAGGCAAAUGCUGGAGCAACUGGAGAAGGAUUGCAGUGGCGAUGCCGCCGCCGCCGCCAAUCUGGACGAAAGCGGCGAAUCAAAGAUGGCGGCAGCCACUGAAGCCGCCGGUGCAACACAAGCAACAGCCGCAGCCGCAGCAGGUGCAACCGCAACAGCGGCGGCAACAACAGCUGCCGGCAAUGCAAGCACAACGCAGCAUCGGAUCACAGCCCGCUGGACACAGGAUGAGAUUUCCAUGGCACUGUUAGCUCUACGUGACUACGGCAAGAACUUUCCGAUGAUUGCUAAAAUAGUUGGCACCAAGACGGAGGCGCAUGUGCGCACCUUCUAUAUGAGCUAUCGGCGACGCUACAAUCUUGAUCAGAUUGUCAAGGAGUACGAGGCAUCGACGGCCAAGGACGAGACUGGCAAUGUGGAGCAGGAGCAGUCUAGCGAUGCUGCUGCAGCAGCCACAGCAACAGCUGCCACUGGAACAACAGCAACAGCUGCAGUCGCAACAGUUGCAGCUGCAGGUGCAGCCAAUGAUGCCAGCAGCCAAGAAGUGUUAGCCAAAAAGGAUGAGAGCACAACAAACAACAGCAGCAAGAAGCAAAAACCUGAACUGAAUGCGGCAAAGAACAGCGAGAGUGCAGCUGGAGCUGGAUCGGGAUCUGGAUCUGGAGUUGGAGCAACAACUGGAGCCACAGCCAAUGCUGCUGGCAAUGGAACGGCCACAGGCACGGGAGCAAGUAAAGCAACAACCAUAACCAUUGCGGAUGAGUCGGACACGGCAACCAGCUCCAGUAGCGAUGUGGUCAACAACAGCACAGCGCUGACAAAUAGCAGCAACUCGACCUCAUCGUUGUCGGGGAUUAGCAGCGGUGGUGCGCCUGCCAAAUCAUCGUCAUCGUCAUCGACAUCGUCAACAUCGACCAACAACAAUCACAAUGAAGCCGCCGACAAUAGCGUGGAAACAACAACAACAACCACAACGUCGUCGUCACUCAAAUCCACACUCGCUGCCACAUCAAAACGUGACAAUUCCGAUCUGAACACUGCCGAUUUGCCGCCAGCCAAAAAGAUGGCCUUGACUGUCAGCGCCGAGUUCCUUGCCAAGUAAAAUGGGCAGCCUGAAGGAGCCUGGAGACUGCGCCUGAAUCACAACAGGCACGAUUUAAAUGCAGCACGACCUUUAUAUAUAUAUAUAGCACAUAUAUAUAUAUUACUAUAUAUUUAGAUAUAUGGUGAAAGAAUCGUUCGUUAGCUGUUUGCAGGCAUUAUUGGCAUGAUUGUAACGUGUGUUUACUCCCUUUAAUUUUUUUUUUUAACUAUCUUUUUAAUAGUGUCUCUAGUUAUCUAAGCUUAAAUUUAUUCUUAUUCUUACUUUUAAACUAAUUGAAGUCCAGCAAACAAACACACGACAGAAUUCGUUAGUUACAUUUUUGUUGGUUAAUCGGUUCUUUCUUUUUUUUUUGUUUGAAUUCGUUUUUUGCAUUUUUCGCGUCCUUCACAAAAAAGAAGAAAAGAAAAGAAAAGAUGAAUAAACAUGGAAGGCGGAGAAUUGAUAGUUGAUAGCUAUAACACUUAACACACUAUAUUAGAUAAAUAUCUUGCAGGAAAGCGAUGUGGAUGCAAGCAACUACUUUUAGUUUUCAAUCUCUAUCACUUUUUAUUAUUAAUCAAUCAUGUGUAUAUAUGUAUGUUUGCAUUUGUGUGCGUCAACUCGAUUUGCGUGCGUGUCCAAUUUUAAAUCGACUCUCCUCAUGCUUGGUUUUCAUCAACGAAUUGAACACGAAACAGACACAUCAUCGUCCUGUUGACGUCCUUUAACCCUCCAACAAAACUAAAACUCACGACUCAGCGACAAGCGACAUGCAAAAAUGCCACAGCAACAGCAACAAAAUCAGCAGUAGACAAAAAGUUACUACUACUAAAUAUGUAUUUAAUAAUUAUAUUAAAAUUAAACAUUAAAGUGAAUAUGUAUAAUGAAAAACAAA